CGCUGCUGCGGCGGCGGCGGCGGCGGCCGGGGCUGUCGCGGGCUGGGGCGGUUGGGCUGGCGGCUGAGGCUGGUGGCCAUGGAGUGGGGUUCCGAGUCGGCGGCUGUGAGGCGGCACCGCGUCGGAGGAGAGCGUCGGGAGGGACCCGCGCCGCCGCUGGAGAGGGAGGCCUCAGCGGAGGAGCUCCUGGUGGAUGCGCGCGGCGGCGGCGGCGGCGGCGGCGGCGGCGCGAGGACGCGGAAGAGGAGCCUGGAGGGUAGCGGCGGCGCGAGCCGGGGCGCGGGGAAUGGGCUGUCUGAGGCACGCGCCGCGCUGGGGCUCGCGCUCUACCUACUCGCCCUACGGACUCUUGUGCAGCUAUCGCUGCAGCAGCUUGUGCUGCGCGGGGCCGCUGGCCACGGCGGGGAGUUCGACGCGCGCCAAGCCAGGGAUUAUCUUGAACACAUAACAUCUAUUGGUCCCAGGACUACAGGAAGUCCAGAAAAUGAAAUUCUGACUGUGCAAUACCUUUUGGAACAGAUUAAACUGAUUGAAGUGCAAAGCAACAGCCUUCACAAGAUUUCAGUAGAUGUACAAAGGCCUACAGGUUCUUUUAGCAUUGACUUUUUGGGAGGUUUUACUAGCUAUUAUGACAACAUCACCAAUGUUGUGGUAAAGCUGGAACCCAGAGAUGGAGCCCAGCAUGCUGUCCUGGCUAACUGUCAUUUUGACUCAGUGGCAAACUCACCAGGUGCCAGUGAUGAUGCAGUUAGCUGUUCAGUGAUGCUGGAAGUCCUUCGUGUCUUGUCAACAUCUUCAGAAGCCUUACGUCAUGCCAUCGUGUUUCUCUUUAAUGGUGCUGAGGAGAAUGUCUUGCAAGCCAGUCAUGGUUUCAUUACUCAGCACCCCUGGGCCAGCUUGAUUCGUGCAUUUAUCAACCUGGAGGCAGCGGGUGUAGGAGGGAAAGAAUUGGUAUUCCAAACAGGUCCUGAAAAUCCUUGGUUGGUUCAAGCUUAUGUUUCAGCAGCUAAACACCCUUUUGCUUCUGUGGUGGCUCAGGAGGUUUUUCAGAGUGGCAUCAUUCCUUCAGAUACUGACUUCCGUAUCUAUAGGGAUUUUGGAAACAUUCCAGGAAUAGACUUAGCUUUUAUUGAGAAUGGAUACAUUUAUCACACCAAGUAUGACACAGCGGACAGAAUUCUAACUGAUUCCAUUCAGAGAGCAGGUGAUAAUAUUUUAGCAGUUCUUAAAUAUCUAGCUACAUCUGAUGUACUGGCUUCUUCUUCUAAGUAUCAACAUGGAAACAUGGUCUUUUUUGAUGUGCUUGGCCUGUUUGUAAUUGCCUACCCCUCUCGUAUUGGCUCAAUUAUAAACUACAUGGUGGUGAUGGCUGUUGUUUUAUACCUGGGCAAAAAAUUGUUGCAGCCCAAACAUAAGACUGAUAACUACAUGAAGGACUUCUUGUGUGGACUUGGCAUCACUCUGAUUAGCUGGUUCACUAGCCUUGUUACCGUUCUCAUUAUAGCAGUGUUCAUCUCUCUUAUUGGACAGUCUCUUUCAUGGUAUAACCACUUUUAUGUCUCCGUUUGUCUGUAUGGAAGUGCGGCUGUAGCCAAAAUAAUAUUUAUACAUACCCUUGCAAAAAGAUUUUAUUACAUGAAUGCCAGUGACCAGUAUCUGGGAGAAGUAUUUUUUGACAUCUCACUAUUUAUCCAUUGUGGUUUUCUUGUAACGCUCACUUAUCAAGGACUUUGCUCAGCAUUCAUUAGUGCUAUCUGGGUAGCAUUUCCAUUGCUCACAAAGCUUUGCGUGCACAAGGAUUUAAAGCUGCAUGGUGCCCAAGGAAAAUUUAUUGCCUUUUACCUUUUGGGGAUGUUUAUUCCUUAUAUUUAUGCAUUGUACCUCAUUUGGGCGGUAUUUGAAAUGUUUACCCCUAUCCUCGGAAGAAGUGGUUCGGAAAUCCCACCUGAUGUUGUGCUGGCGUCCAUUUUGGCUGGUUGUACGAUGAUUCUCUCUUCUUAUUUUAUUAACUUCAUCUACCUUGCCAAAAGCACCAAAAAAACCAUGCUAACUUUAACUCUGGUGUGUACAAUUACAUUCCUCCUCGUUUGCAGUGGAACUUUUUUCCCAUACAGCUCCAAUCCUGCUAAUCCAAAGCCAAAGAGAGUGUUUCUUCAGCAUAUGACUAGAACAUUUCAUGAUGUGGAAGGAAACGUAGUUAAACGGGAUUCUGGAAUUUGGAUCAAUGGGUUUGAUUAUACAGGAAUGUCUCACAUAACACCUCACAUUCCUGAGAUCAAUGAUAGCAUUCGUGCUUAUUGUGAGGAACAGGCACCCCUUUGUGGUUUCCCUUGGUAUCUUCCAGUGCACUUUCUGAUCAGGAAAAACUGGUACCUUCCUGCCCCAGAAGUUUCUCCAAGAAAUCCUGCUCAUUUCCGACUUAUAUCCAAAGAACAGACACCUUGGGAUUCUAUAAAGUUGACCUUUGAAGCAACAGGACCAAGCCAUAUGUCAUUCUAUGUUCGAGCCCACAAAGGGUCUACACUUUCUCAGUGGUCUCUUGGCAAUGGCACCCCAGUCACAAGUAAAGGAGGGGACUACUUUGUAUUUUACUCCCAUGGACUCCGGGCCUCUGCAUGGCAGUUCUGGAUAGAAGUACAGGUCUCAGAAGAACACCCCGAAGGAACGGUCACGGUAGCCAUUGCCGCUCACUAUCUAUCUGGGGAUGAUAAAAGAUCCUCCCAACUGGAUGGUCUGAAGGAGAAGUUCCCAGAUUGGACAUUUCCCUCUGCUUGGGUGUGCACCUAUAAUCUCUUUGUGUUUUAAUCUUGUGGAUGAGCUCUAAGUACAUGCCUUGGUGGAUAUUCCACGUCACACGGUUUCUCCUUAUGUUGCGUGGAUGUUUGUCAUGUAAGUCAGUGAAUUUUAAUAUGUUCAAAGAGGUUUUUGGGUUAACACUCUUCAGGGCCAAGCAUGUAAGGGUUAAGCUAGUAGUGCAUGGCCUUUUGACACUUGAAAAUGCCAGUUUUUUGGCACUUAAGCACAUGUGGGUACUGCCACUACAUAUAUACAUAAGUCAUUUUAUAUGACUUUAAGGACAAAAGCCAACAAACCACUUCAAUAGUUGUCCCUCUAAGAUCCUGAAAGAUGUAGGCUGUUAGACCGUUGUUAAUAAGACAGGUCAUUUCCAAUUAAAGUCCAAGACCACAUAGACCAUGUGUCAGUGGAUGGUAAAAUACUGUUCAUUGGGGCAACAAUUUCCCUCGACCUACCUCUGUGUAGGUCAUUGGCAUAUGAAUGCCAUAAAGGCUAGGGAAGAAACCUUGAGCCUCUAUUGAGAGCUCUUUCUUCACAUAGCCUCUGGAGUAUGCUUUGUGUCUCUGUACUGAAGCCCAGGCCCUGGUUUGGACUCCUGUGCUGAGCUGGUGACUCGCUGUCCUGACAAGGAGUCACUGAGAUCUAUUGCUGUGCUGCUUUUCUGAGGUGGUUUUCAAUGCCUGUUGUCUGAAACUUGUCUGUUCCACCACUCCGCUCUCCCAAUUUAAAAGGGGAACAUUUGACCACAUUUCUUGCUGGGCUUUUUUAUAGGUUAUUUUGGUUCAGAAUAUUGUUUGUGCAAGUACAUGAUCUUAACUUCCUUCCUCAGAGCACGGAGUUGCCACUUUGGCUAUUCUGGGGUUUAAGGAGGGUCUGAAGUAAUAAAUAUUUAUUCUCUUUGCUUUACUUAUAGGACACUUGUGUUAUACAAGGUUAAUCCUUUACAACAUUUUAUUGAUGCACUGGGUUGUCCUCCUUGUAGUUUCCUAGCCAGUUGAAUAGAUUUGUUUCUUAGUAAACUUACUGUCCAGCAUGGCUGGCAUUCCUGAGACUUGAGAUUGUGGCUUAUACUGGAAUGAAUUAGUGUUCAGAUCCCACAUAACAGCAGCACUGGGAUUUAAGGUGGUUUUCAUUUUGAAGAUGGGUGUAUAGCUUGUGAGGUGUUACCACAGUAGCGCUUCUCGGUUCUAGCAGAGAAACGGUUCGGUGAGAACAGUGGUAAACUUUCUUUGUUCCAUUAGGAAAUGUAAAAAGUUUGACAAAUUGAAUUUAACAAACAUAGGCAAAAAAAAAAAAAAAAAACAGGUGAAAAAGAAAAGUAAUAGUAAAAAGGUUCUCUUGAGUAACAAGAAUGAGAAAUGCUUCUGGAAAAGUGGCCCUUGGCUCUGUCUGAACAGAAGGAGCACAGUAAGUGCACUGAAGGAGGAAACUUCCUGAAGCUGCUUGUGUGGUAUAUUGAUGUGCUUGCUUAAUCAUGCUCUUCCUAUUGCCUGCCUAAUUUGUAAUUCCCUAAAAACUAACUGGGCCCAUGCAGACAGCUGGGCUGCAGCCAGAGCUGAAAGGUAACAUGCAUCAGCACUGCACAUGGAGUCAGCACUUUUCCUGGACUUUGUAGACUAUCUGCUCAGUGUCUGGCUCCUGCUACAUUUAUCUGUCAGGUAGUAUGUAAGGUAUGCAGGGUUUAUAUCUUGUAUAGAAUUACAGUUGUGGGGAAAAAGUUAACAGUAAUAAUUUCUCAAUGAAUAUUUUCUGCCCUAGUGGCUAAUCUGAAAUACAGUACUAGAAAUUAUUUAUAGAAAAAGCAGUAAAACUCCACAUUGAAGACAUUGUAUGAAAAAACAAUGUUCUCUGUGAUCCCCCCGCCCCCCCCCCCAUAUUUUUUCAGGAAGAAUGCUGUUAUUUUCAGUAGUAAUCAUCAUUUUCCUUUUGCCUUUGGUUUAUUUCAUUUUCCUUAGCAUUAUGAAGUUUUGAUAUUGUACAAGGUCAGACACAAGAUGCCCUGCUAGUUUCAGGGCAUGCUUAAUACUCUGGUAGGUUGUUUUAAUACCAGAAUGGUCAAUUAAUUACACUUAGUAUUUAUGGCUCUAUUAAUAAGCACACAGUCUGUAGCCUCUGAGAUUAAACUUGUUAGGUUUUUUGAAAGAGUAUCUGAUCAUUUGAAUAACUCAUUUCUAAAAGGGUCUUUUCAAGCUCUAACAGAUGAAUUAUUUUCUACAGAAUUUAAGGAGCAAGCACAGUACUGCAGAUUCAGGGAAAGUGUGAAGAACUGUGAUUUCACAAGUUUGUUCUUGUGUUUGACUAAGAAUGACUGUUGGAUGAAGUGUUUGUUGCCACAGUUUAACAGAUAUAAAUAAGUGUGAUGAUAGGGGGCCACAAGCCAGCCUGCUGACAAAGAAGCUGUAGGAAGAAUGAAUUGUGUCUGUCCGUUUCCUUUCAUUGGUUUGCUGACUUGUUGAGGAUUAAUUGUUGCCUUACAAUGUUACUAAAAUAAACUUUCAAACAUACUGGUUGAUAUCUUUGUAACAGAAAAAUAGGCCUGUUUUCUCCUGUAUCCCCCAUACUUUAAGGGUUAUUUCAUGUCUGCAGAGCCUUUUAAUUGAUGUUAAAAGACCAACAUGGCUCAUGGGGCUAUAAUGGCUAUUUGAAUGGACUAUUCAAUAGGAAUUCUUCAAUUGGAAUUUUUUACUUUGGAAUGGAAUGGUGCACCUGAAUUUUACAGUAAUCAGUGGCCUACAGUUUGGUAAAUCUUGUGCUUUAGCAUAUCUAGGGGUUUUUAAACACCUCCACUGGUGAUAAAAAAGUCACCAAAGAACUAAUAAAGAGAAGGAUGUGGACUAGGGGUAGGAGAGAGAGAAGAAAUUGCCUUUCAGCCAGAGUGACCCCCACAGAAGGAAAAGGAACCGCCAAGUACCAAAAUAGAGAUCUUUCCAAAGAUCGCUGUGUGAAUUAUUUAGCUUUCUAAGUGAAUUUGCUCACAGCCGUUCAGUACAAGGUAAAAUAGCUGAAUGACUUCUAUUUCUAAUACUCCUUCCUCCCUCCUGUUUUAGGGCCAAUAAAGGUAAGAUGCAGUUACCCCUCUUUUUACUGUUUUUAGUUGAAAUACUUACAGAAUUUUGAAGUACAUCACUUUAUUUUUUGAUACCACUGCUUCUAUAUUUGAGUUGUAAAAAUAUAACAUAUUAAUAAUUUUCCUCUUUUGGCACUAUAUCAUGAAAAAGUGGGAUUUAUCCCUGGAAUAGAAAGUUGGUUUAACAUUUGAAAAGCCACAUGACUUUCUCAAUAAAUGGAAAUUUUUUUUUUUUUUUUUUUUACAAAAUCCAAAACCCCACUGUCAUACUCCACCUAUAUAGAGGGGAACUUCCUCAACCUGAUAAUGUUUAUAUCUGAGAGGCCGACAGCUAACAUCAUACUUGGGACAAUUUUAUUAGGAAGACGACAAUGUCCACUGUUGUUGCUCUCAUUCAGCAUUGUACUGGUGGGUUUAAUGAGGGCAGUUUCGCAAAACCAAGAAAUAAAAGGCACCCAGACUGGAAAGAAUCUAAACUCUCGAGUUGCAAGCAUGAUACUUCUAUAUAGAAAAAUCUUAUAAAGAAUCCACAGAAAUAACUUGAGUUCAGCAGUGUUGCAUGAUCCAAUGUAAAUAUAUAGAAAUCAACUAUUUCCAUACACAAACAAUCCCAUUUAGAAUAGUGUCAGAAUAAAAUACUUAGGGAUAAGUUUCACAUAAGUAUGAGACUACAUACUAAAAAUGACAAAACAUUGCUAAAAGACUAUAAAGAAAACAUCAGAAUAAGUGGAAAGACGUUUGUUCAUGCAUUGGAAGGCUUAAUAUUGAGAUGGCAAUAUUCUCUAAACUGAUUUAUACUUAAAUAAGAUCCCUAUAAAAGUCCCACCUACCUUUUUUUUUUUUAAGUGCAGAGAUUGACAAACCAAUGCUGAAAAUGAUAUGAAAAUGCAAGGUACCCAGAAUAGCCAAAACAGCCUUAGCAAACCUACCUAGGACUCCCACUUUCAAAAUUUCCUACAAAGCAGCAAUAAUCAAGACAGUUCGAUACUGGCAUAACAACAGACAAACUAGAUCAUUGUAGUACAGUUUUGAGUCCAGAAAGGAACCUCUAGUCAAUUGGUUUUCAACAAUUCAGUAGGGAAAAGAGUUUUCAAUAAAUGGUAUUCAGACAAUUGAAUAUCCACACAUCGUUUACUUCAUACCAUAUAUAAAAAGUUACCUUAAAAUGGAUCCAAGACUAAAUGUAGGAGCUAAAAAUAUAAAACUCUUAGAAGAAAACUUAGGCAUGAAUAUUCAUGACCUCAAUUAGGCAGCGGUUUGUUAGAGCAUAAGCAACCAAAGAGAAAAUCAAUUGAACUUAAUAGAAAUGAAAAAUUUGUGUUUCAAAGGAUGCUACCAAAGAAGUAAAGAGAUAAGCCCACAGAAUGAGGAAAUAUUUGCAAAUCAUAUCUGAUACAGGUAUAGCACCUAGAAUAUAUAAAGAACUCUUAAAAAAAUCCAUAAUAAAAAGGUAAUGACCUACUUGAAAAAUGGGCAAAGGAUGUGAAUAGAUAUUUUUCUUCAAGUAUGUACAUUAGCCAUUAAUGAGAUCCCAUUCAUACACAGCUUGGAUGGCUACAACCAAAAAGACAGUAACAUGUUUUCAUGGUAUAUAUAGGGACCUUCAUCCAGUUAGUGGGAAUGUAAAAUGGUACAGGUGCUUUGGAAUAUGGUUUGGCAUUUCCUCAAAAAAUUUAAGGAGUCACUAUAUGACCCACUUCAAUUCCACUUCCAGAGAGAACUGAAAACAUGUCCACACACAGAAACAUACAUUAAUGUUCACAGUAGUGUUAUUUGUAAUAGCCCAAAAGUGGAAAAAACCCAGAUGACCCACAACUGCUUAAUGCAUGAACAGUGUACAAUAGUAUAUCCAUAUAAUAGAAUAGUAACUUUAAUGGAAGUAGUCCUAUUCAAGAAUAAGCCUUGAAAACAUCAUGCCUAAUAAGAAAAAGUCCACAUAGGGUGCCAAAAACAUGUAUGCACAUUUUAAGGUAAAAACUAUAUUAAAUUUGUAAUAUCCAGUACGUAAUGCUAACAAAAGAUGAAUGCAAGUCACGUUUGAGCAUCUCUUGUAACAGCAGAAUUCAAGCAUGAGUAUUAGAAUAGUUUUUUCCUUUCUUAACGUGUAUACAUUUUUUAGCACUGUCUUCAGGGGUGUCCAACUUUUUUCUCCCCCUAUGCCUUGUCUUUGGGCACACAUUAAAUGCACAAACACUAAAGAAAGCUGAUUAGCAAAAAAGAAAAAAGUUCGUACAUACUUUUUGUGGUAGCCAAUAUCACGGAUAAGCAGAAAAAGUCCUUGCAAAAUCACGUGGCUGUGGGUUGCAGGUUGGACACCCUUGUACUGUAUGUUUCCAUUUACAUGAAAUGUCCAGAAUAGGAAAAUCCAUGGAGACUGCAAAUUUUGGAAAAAGUCAAAAUCAUUUUUAAUACCAUUUAUUAAGACAUGAUGCUAGCUCGGCACCUGUAGCUCAGUGGCUAGGGUGCCAGCCACAUAUACUGGAGCUAGCAGGUUUGAAUCCAGCUCAGGUCUGCCAAACGACGACAACUACCACCAAAAAAUAGUUGGGUGUUGUGGUAGGCAUCUGUAGUCCCAGCUACAGAUGGGAGGCUGAGGCAAGAGAAUCGCUUAAGCCCAAGAGAUUGAGGUUGCUGUAAGCUGUGAUGCCAUAGCACUCUACCCAGGGUGACAUAGUGAGACUCUUAGAGGGGAAAAAAAAAAGACAUGAUGCUUAGUCUCCUAUACACUUUUUAAUUUUGUUUGGUGGAUAUCAUAUGGUAUACAUAAUUUUCUGUCAUUUCUUCAUUAUAUUUUGAAUACUUUCCAGGUCAUCAACAUCACUUUCUUCCAAUAUUCUAUUGUCAGACAGGUGGGAUGCUGCCAAUUCUUGAUGCUCCCAUCCUAAAUCUAUAUAUGAAUAAAUAUUUUAAAUAAAUCUGUUUGUAUUUAUACUUAUUUCACAAGGAAAAUU